AUGGGGGCUAACCAGUUGGUGGUGCUCAACGUGUACGACAUGUACUGGAUGAACGAAUACACCUCUUCCAUCGGAAUUGGAGUUUUUCAUUCAGGAAUUGAAGUAUAUGGCAGAGAAUUUGCUUAUGGUGGCCAUCCUUAUCCCUUUUCUGGAAUAUUUGAAAUUUCCCCAGGAAAUGCUUCUGAACUAGGAGAAACAUUUAAAUUUAAAGAAGCUGUUGUUUUAGGGAGCACUGACUUCCUAGAAGAUGAUAUAGAAAAAAUUGUGGAAGAAUUGGGAAAAGAAUACAAAGGCAAUGCCUAUCAUUUGAUGCAUAAAAAUUGCAAUCACUUUUCUUCGGCUUUAUCAGAGAUUCUCUGUGGGAAAGAGAUUCCUCGCUGGAUCAAUCGGCUUGCCUACUUCAGCUCCUGUAUACCUUUUCUACAGAGUUGCCUCCCAAAGGAGUGGCUCACACCCGCAGCCCUGCAGUCCAGCGUCAGCCAGGAGCUCCAGGACGAACUGGAGGAAGCAGAGGACGCUGCAGCCUCGGCUUCCGUGGCCAGCACCACCGCAGGCUCCAGACCUGGGCGCCACACCAAACUAUAA